AUGCCUAUGCCCACUAACGACGACUAUACACCUAAAGGCACACUUUUCGAAGAGCCUGUCAUCUAUAUAAGCAAGGUGCCAUACAGUAUGACCAACAACGAACUCGAAGAGAUUCUCAAAGUCGUUAACACUCCCAAUGUCGACCUUAAACCUUCUGGAACCAUGGCCCCUUCAAGUGGUGUCGUUCGAUUUUCCACCAAAAAUGAAGCUGAGAGAGCAUUUGCCUUUUACAACAACAUUUCACUCGAUAAGAGCGUUCUUAAAUUUCAUAUCAAAGAUCCCAGCAGCGGAUCAGAUAUCCUACCAAAUGCACAAAUUUUACUAGUAAAACAAUUGCCUAAUGGAAUAGAUAAAAAUGAAGUGUUUGACCUCUUCAGAAAUUACGGCCCUUUAUAUUCGUGUAAGCUUCUUCAUAAAGGCCAAGCUCAUGUGCAUUUCUUUGAAGACUCUGCUGCGCACGAAGCACUCAAGGCUCUGCAUUGUAGCGAGUAUCACGGAAAAACCCUUGCACUCCAAUUUUUCAUUCCUCGCAAGAAUAUGGCUCACCAACGUACAUCCUCCGUUAAUAGUAUCAGUAGCGUCACCACAAACCAUAUCAACAACAAUGGUUCUAAUCUCAUGAUUUCUACUAAUUACCAGAAUAAUAAUAACCAAUUACUUCAGUCACCUAAUUCAGAAGGUCCGCUUGUUGAUCCAUGCAAUCUCUUCAUCAAGAAUCUCGACGCCAACAUUUCAAGCAGCGAUCUUUUCAACCAUUUCCGCAAGUUUGGUCGCAUAAUUAGCGCUCGCGUGAUGCGCGACCAAGAAACCGGAAACUCAAAAGGCUUCGGUUUUGUGAGCUACACUAACCCAGAAGAGGCCGAACGAGCAAAGUCGUCAAUGAAUAACAAAACUCUAGGCUCUAAACAAAUUGUUGUUAGACUGCAUGAGCCAAAGAAAUUGCGGGAGACGAAAACAACUUUUAAUGGACCAGCGUCUCCAACGGAAUCGCGCGCACCAUCAAGAAGAAACUCUGAAAUUUAUGCGGUCAAUGCUUACAAUGAAUUUAACCAGGAAGAGUUGUCCGAUUUGGCUCCUAAAGCGAGAAGAGAGGUGUUGAUGUCUGAAUUGCAAAAGAGAUUCAGACAUAUCCCGAGCAUACCUCAAGAGGAGGUUACUCCAAUUAUCGAUAUCUUGUUGGCUUACAAACUGCCAGAAAUAUUGCAUAUGUUUGAGGACCCUCAGGCACUGCAACAAAAGAUCACAGAAGCACGCCAGCAACUUAAAGGCAAAAACCGCCGCGGUUCAGAUGAAAACACUAGCGUGUCUACAACCUCGCAUCUGCCAUCUCUAGUUGCGCCUACUAUUCCUGCUACUCAAAUGCCUUCACUCGCUCCUGUACCUGAACGAGAGAAAUUCCUUCGUGCAAUUAGAAAAUUCAACCCUCGUCACAGUCAAGAAGUUCUCGACUUGAUCAUGAGCUUAUCCAAGAAAGAGCGGUCUCUGUGCUACUUCAACUCGGAGUAUCUGGAUAAGAAAAUUUUAGAAGCAAUCGCUGCUUUGGAGUUUACACAGGACGAUUCCGUGACGACACCGUCCACUACUAAACCGUCCACGCCCAGAGAAUUUUCGCCCGCGUCAACUCCUACCAAAUCGCCCGAGCCUAUUAGUUUCAAGGGUGUAGUUGCUCCCCCGAAGACUGCAGAGAAAAAUGGUCAUUAUGACCAAAAUAAUUCUCUGUACGAGGAAACCGAACAGUUUUUGAGGAUGUUGGAACAGAAACCCGUUGUCGAGCGGAAGCAGAAACUCGGCGAUAAACUAUUUCCAAAAGUUAAGAGCCUUGGUUUGCGAAGUGCACAGGCCAGCAAAGUCACAAUCAAUCUUUUAGACACUGAUGAUCUUCGUGAGCUUGCACAUUCUAUGAACGACAUCGCUAAAUUUAAGGCAAAGGUCGACGCUGCUAUCGUUAAAGUUAACGCACUCAAAUAA